AUGGGUGUUUCUUUGUUUGUUGUUAUAAUACUUUGCCAAGUUUGCUUUUCUGGUACAAAUAUAUCAUUCAUUAUUGUACCAGUGACGCAAUAUGUAUAUGUCAAUGAUACUGUGACAUUUGAAUGUGCUACUAAUCUGACUCAAUGUGUUCCCUUUUUUGUGACUUAUCCAUCAGUUAAUGGUUCAGUAUUAUCCUCUGCUGGAAUGGCAUCACUCACCCUAACAGCAACAAGUGAAGAAAAUGGUACUCAUGACCUGAACUUGACAUUGAUUAAUGUUACAUCAAAUUCUACACUGAAUACUAAUGCUACCUUGUACUAUCAAAAUGGAGUUACAGUUCAAAGCAACACUAUAACAAUCAGUACUCAUGACCUGAACUUGACAUUGAUUAACGUUACAUCAAACUCUGUUUGUGUUCAGUUUCAGUUUGUCAAUGGCAGUACACUUUAUAUUGAUUACAUUCACAUUAUUGAUAGUCAAGGCCAGUUUCAUUGGGAUGACUUCAAACCUUUUAAUGAUUCAUUGAACUUUAUUAAGUGUUUUGAUGGCAUACCAGCUGGUAAUAACUUAACACUGUAUGCAUGUGAAUUCGAAACCUUUUUUGAGAACUAUAAACCUAAUUGUCCUGCUGUAAUAACUGGUAUUAAUAUUACUAGUGACUUUACAUCUUCAGUUCUAAUGUCAUCAGUUCAUUCAUCAUCAGUAUCACUCACAUCAACAGCACCAUCAAUAAUAUCAUCAGUACCAUCAACAGUAUCAUCAUCAGUACCAUCAAUAAUAUCAUCAGUACCAUCAACAGUAUCAUCAUCAGUCCCCACUACUUCAGCCAUACCAGCUACUUCAUCAGUAUCAGAUGUUGCAUCAAUGCCAGCACCAUCUGUUACAAUGCCCCCAGGAAGCAGCAUAGACAGUACUACAAACACUCCUACCUCUAGUGUUAUAUUAACAAGUACUGCUUCAUCAUUAACAUUUAUGUCUAUAGCUUCUUCAUCCCUAACUUCUUCAUUCCUUACUUCUGCAUCAUUUAUACUGUCAAGUAAUAUGGUUACAGACUGCAUGAUCAGUUCUACAGUUACCAUGAUAAUAGACGAUUGUAAUAUAAGGGAAAGUCAAAAUCAAGUACCUGUCGCUAGUGCAGUACUGAUUAGUGUAUUGGGUGUAUUCCUCAUACUAUCACUAAUGAUUAAUGUUAUUACAUUAACUGUGUGUUACUGCAAGAGGAAAGGGAAGAAUGGUCAAAGUUCACAAGAGCAAGAACUAUCAUCAGUUAAUCCACAGUAUGAGAAUGUACAUCUACCAGUUCCACAAUCAGAACUAUCAAUGAAAGAAUGUGCUGCUUAUGGUGUAGUGGAAGGUACUAGAUUCCCACAGUAUGAGACUGUAGAUCUACCAGCUCCACAGUCAGAGGGAGACUAUGAACUACCAGUAAAAGAAUGUGGUGCUUAUGGUGUAGUAGAGAGUGCUGGAUUCCCACAGUAUGAGACUGUAACAUUAACAGUUCCUCAGUCGGAACUAUCAAUGGAAGAGUGUGCUGCUUAUGGUGUAGUAGAGGGUAAUAGACUUUAGAGUUAGUGUGUGUACUGGACUGGAUUUGGUAAAUUUUAACAAUUAAAAAUUUUUAUUCAAAAAAUUUUAAUGCCAUUGUAAACAUUACUAUAUAUGGUUAGUUUCCACAUAGAAUAGUAAUAUAAGGGGAAGUCAAAAUGAAGUACUUAUUGAUAUUAAUACUUGCACUAAUACAGAGUGUGCUGCUUAUGGUGCAGUAGAAGGUAGUAGAUAAGUAUAUAUCAAACUACCAGUCUGAGAAAUUGUAAUUAAGAAAAUUGCAUGCAUACAUAAUGAGGUAUGUAGGAUGUAAAGCCACACCUUUACAACAUUAAUGUCAAAUUGCAUGGUUGGUUCACUGAAGAUGAUGGCCUUUGUUGCUGCUGUAAUGAUUUUCUGCCAAAUUUUCAUUUCUGCUUUAGACAUCUCCUUCACAAUUAUACCAGAGACACAAUAUGUAUAUGUCAAUGAUACUGUGACAUUUGAAUGUGCUGUUAAUGUGACUCAAUUUGGUCUCUUUUUUGUGACUUAUCUAUCUGUUGAUGGUUCAGUAUCAUCCUCUGGUGGAAUUGCAUCACUCACCCUAACAGCAACAAGUGAAGUAAAUAAUACAAAUGUUACCUGUAAAGCACCCAAUGGAGCUACCACUGAGCCAGCAUAUCUAUAUGUACAAGGUCCACCUGAUAGUGUCAGUGAUUUAACAGGAUACCAGUUAGAUUCUUGUUGUAUGUUUAUCAGUUGGUAUCCUCCAUUCACACUACCAAGACUAACAGUACAGUAUAUAAUCAGUGUAGGAACUGAUCAACAGUACCUUAAUGACUCUAUCACUAACUACACUUACUGUCCAAUGAACCCAAUCGAUAAACAAUAUCUGUUUAACAUUACAACUACUAAUAAAGUUGGGAAUGGAUCUACUAGUAACAUAACUGUUGGAUUUCAAUCAACAAUAGAUGUAGAGUUAUAUGUAACUGAU